AUGGUAGUGAUCGAUGAACACUCAAGGUAUCCAGUGGUAGAACACUUGAGGUCGACAUCUGCACAGGCAGUCAUCCCGGUGUUAGACAAGAUCUUCGCCAUGUUUGGUACCCCUGAAGUACUGAAGACGGACAACGGCCCGCCAUGGACGAGUACUCAGAUGAAGUCAUUUGCUGACUACCUUGGAUUCCACCAUCGGAAAGUCACUCCAUAUUGGCCAUGCGCCAAUGGAACCGCCGAAAGGUUUAUGAGAGUACUGGGGAAAACAGUAAAGGCAGCGGUGGUCGAAGGAAAAUCAUGGAAACAAGAAUUGCACAAGAUGCUACGAAGUUAUCGUGCAACUCCUCACACAACUACAAACCACCCUCCUGCAACACUGCUCUUCCAGCGAGCCAUGAAAACCAGGCUACCAGAUCAGCAGAACUGA